AUGGAUAUACUGUUCGCUCAGAUCCAAGCGGACCUCCGGUCCAACGAUGCCCUCCGUCAGUCCGGCGCCCUUCUCCAAGCCCUCCAGCAGUCCGCCGCGGGACGCGACAUCUCCGUUAUCGCCAAGUCCGCUGUUGAAGAGAUCGUUGCCUCCCCUGCUUCCGCCAUCUCCAAGAAGCUUGCUUUUGACCUAAUCCGCUCCACUCGACUCACCGCUGACCUAUGGGAAACUGUCUGCACUGGCAUUCGCAACGAUCUGGACUUCCCUGAUCCCGAUGUUACUGCCGCUGCUGUCUCUAUUCUCGCGGCAAUCCCGUCCCAUCGGCUUGGCAAGCUCAUUUUGGACUGCAACAAGGAAAUCUCCAGCUGCUUUGACUCUCCCAGUGACAACCUCAGGUUCUCUAUUACUGAAACCCUCGGCUGCAUCCUUGCUCGUGAUGACCUCGUGAUAUUAUGCGAGAACAACAUUAAUUUGCUGGAUCGUGUCUCCAAUUGGUGGACCAGAAUCGCCCAGAACAUGCUUGACAAAUCUGAUGCUGUUUCCAAGGUCGCAUUUGAGUCCAUAGGCAGGCUGUUCCAAGAAUUCGAAUCAAAAAGGAUGAGUAGACUGGCAGGUGAUAAACUAAUUGACAGUGAAAACUCAGUUGCAAUCCGAUCCAAUUGGAUUUCUUCGAUGGUAGAUUUUGUGUGGAAAAGGAGAAAUGCUUUGAUGGCUCGAUCAUUAAUUCUUCCAGUAGAGAGCUUUAGAGCCUCAGUUUAUCCAUUAGUGUAUGCAGUGAAGGCUGUGGCUUCUGAUUCAAUAGAGGUUAUCAAGAAACUAUCAAGGUCAUCAAAGAGCAGCAGUGAUGGUACAUUGGAGUCGGGGAAUGCAGAGAGGUUUGUAGGAGUGUCAGAUGUAGUGUCGCAUUUGGCUCCAUUCCUGGCCUCAUCAUUGGAUCCUGCCUUGAUAUUCGAGGUGGGGAUUAAUAUGUUGUACUUGGCUGAUGUUCCUGGUGGAAAGCCUGAGUGGGCUUCGACUUCAAUUAUUGCAAUUCUUACACUUUGGGAUAGGCAGGAGUAUUCUUCUGCGCGCGAGAGCAUUGUUAAAGCUGUCGUUACCAAUUUACAUCUCCUUGAUCUUAGUAUGCAGGUUUCUUUGUUUAAAAGGUUGCUUCUUAUGGUGAGAAACUUGCGGGCAGAAUCAGAUCGCAUGCAUGCCUUGGCAUGCAUAUGUCGAACUGCUCUCUGCGUUGAUCUCUUUGCUAAGGAAAAUGUUCGAAGAGGUCAAAAACCUAUUCCAGGAACUGAUAUUGCUUCACUUUUUGAAGAUGCUAGGAUAAAAGAUGACCUCAACGGUGUAACUAGUAAAAGCUUGUUUAGAGAAGAGUUAGUUGCCAUGCUGGUAGAAAGUUGCUUCCAGUUGUCCUUGCCAUUGCCUGAACAAAAGAAUUCUGGUAAGGAGAGUCGGGUGAUUGGAGCAUUAGCCUAUGGUACUGGUUAUGGUGCAUUGAAUUGGACUGAACCAGCUCUGGAAGUGGUGGAAGUUUGUAGGCCAUGUGUUAAAUGGGAUUGCGAUGGCCGAACAUAUGCCAUUGAUUGCUAUUUAAAGUUGCUUGUCAGGCUUUGCCAUAUUUAUGACACAAGGGGUGGGGUCAAAAGAGUCAAAGACGGAGCAUCUCAAGAUCAGAUACUGAAUGAAACACGCUUGCAAAAUAUGCAACGAGAACUUGUUAGAGAUCUCCGUGAGGUUAACACUCCAAGAAUCUGCGCACGUCUGAUUUGGGCUAUUUCAGAACACAUUGAUUUAGAGGGUUUGGACCCUCUUCUUGCUGAUGAUCCAGAGGACUCCUUAAACAUUAUUGUAUCGAAUAUCCACAAAGUUCUAUUCAACAUUGACUCGUCUGCGAGCACAACAAAUCGCCUCCAAGAUGUUCAGGCAGUUCUUCUAUGUGCUCAGCGCUUGGGAUCUCGUAAUGCUAGGGCUGGGCAGCUGCUGACUAAAGAGCUUGAAGAGUUCAGGACCAAUCCCUUGGCCGAUUCUGUCAAUAAGCACCAAUGCCGUUUAAUCUUACAGAGAAUCAAAUACGUUUCUAGUCAUCCUGAAAACAAAUGGGCUGGGGUUAGUGAAACCAGAGGAGAUUAUCCAUUUAGCCACCACAAGCUGACUGUCCAGUUCUAUGACGCAUCUGCUGCUCAGGACCGAAAACUGGAAGGAUUGAUUCAUAAGGCUUGUUUAGAACUGUGGCGGCCAGAUCCCAAUGAAUUAACUCUAUUGUUGACAAAGGGAGUUGACUCGAGUUUGCUCAAGGUUCCUCCUAGUGCAUACACUUUGACUGGUAGUAGUGAUCCUUGUUAUGUCGAAGCAUAUCACUUGGCGGAUCCAAAUGAUGGAAGGAUUACUCUGCAUUUGAAGGUUCUGAAUCUUACAGAAGUUGAACUAAAUCGGGUGGAUAUUAGAGUUGGACUGUCUGGUGGGUUAUACUAUAUGGAUGGAUCUCCUCAAGCUGUGAGACAGUUACGAGACCUUAAUUCACAGGAACCAGUAUUAUGCAGCGUGACUGUUGGUGUUUCCCAAUUUGAGCGAUGUGCUCUUUGGGUCCAAGUUUUGUACUAUCCCUUCUAUGGUAGUGGUGCUCCUGCAGAUUAUGAAGGGAGCUAUUCAGAAGAAGAUCCACAAAUCAUGAGACAAAAGAGAAGUCUGAGGCCUGAAUUAGGAGAACCUGUGAUUUUAAGAUGUCAGCCUUACAAAAUUCCCCUUACUGAGCUUCUUUUACCCCACAAAAUUUCACCCGUAGAAUAUUUCCGCCUAUGGCCUAGUUUCCCUGCUAUAAUAGAGUGUACUGGUACGUAUACAUACGAAGGAAGUGGUUUUAAGGCUACUGCAGCACAGCAGUAUGGGGAGUCACCUUUCCUUAGUGGCCUGAAAUCUCUGUCUUCUAAACCGUUCCAUAGAGUUUGCUCACACAUCAUUCGCACCGUUGCAGGAUUUCAGUUAUGCUAUGCUGCAAAAACUUGGUAUGGAGGCUUUGUGGGCAUGAUGAUUUUUGGUGCCAGCGAAGUGAGUAGAAAUGUGGACCUGGGUGAUGAGACAACCACCAUGAUAUGUAAAUUUGUGGUUCGGGCUUCAGAUGUAUCUAUUACAAAGGAGAUUGGUUCGGAUCUACAGGGCUGGUUGGACGACCUUACCGAUGGGAGUGUUGAAUACAUGCCUGAAGAUGAAGUCAAAGCAGCUGCUGCCGAGAGGCUGAGGACCUCAAUGGAAAGAAUUGCUUUGCUGAAGGCAGCAAGACCCCGUGCAAAGGAUAAAGAAGAGGAAGAGGAGGAGAAGGAGGAGGAGGAGAAGGAAAACGAGGAGGAAGAUGGUAAAAAGGGACCUACCACAUUGUUUAAAUUAACUCCAGAGGAGGUUGAACAUCGGGCGCUUCAAGUAGCUAUACUGCAGGAGUGGCAUAUGCUGUGUAAAGACAGAAACACAAAAGUCAAUAGCUAA